UGUGAAGAGAGACAGAAGGCCUUAAAGCUUAUAAAUUUAUAGACGAUGAAAGUAGGGUUGUCAAAACGCUCUUUCUUUUUGUAGACAGUAUUGUAGUCCUUCUCACAAUGAUCAUAGAAAAUGUUGAAGCCUUGAAAUCGUGGCUGGCAAAGCUCUUGGAGCCGAUAUGUGAUGCUGACCCCUCUGCAUUAGCCAACUAUGUAGUUGCUCUUGUGAAGAAGGACAAACCAGAGAAGGAACUGAAAGCACUUUGUGCUGAUCAGCUUGAUGUCUUCCUACAAAAAGAGACGGUGGGAUUUGUUGAUAAGCUUUUUGAAUGUUUGACGACCAAGAACUACCUGGGAAAUCCUGCUGCCAAGGAAACUCCCAAAGAGGAGAUUAAACUGCCUGCAAUCAAGGCUGAAGUUGUUGAGGCUGAAACACCCGAGGAAGAGAACAGGCGAAGGAGAAGUCCUCUGAGAAAUCGCUCUGACUUCAAUGAGUCCAGGAACCGCGAUGAGAGGAGGCGAGACGAGCGCAAGCGCCGUGACUUUGAUCGGCACGGGAAAAGCGUCAGCGACUCCCACCGGGAGCGGGAGCGCCAUGAGCGGCGCAGGGGCAGCCCCCGCGGGAGAAGCUACAGCAGGAGCCGCAGCCGGAGCAGGAGCGGCAGUCGUGGAAAGAGCAGGGAUAGGGAGCACAGAGGAGGCAGAGACUUCAAGUCAAAGUUUGAGGCAGACAGGAAGGACACUGAUGGAUACAACUCUUCCACCACAUCCGGCUCUCAGCAGCAGCAGCAGCACCCGCCACCUCUCCUGCCCUUACACACACCUCUGCAUCCCUUUUCCUCUUCUUCCUCGUCUUCAGGAGCUGGGGGUGUACCGGUAGCAACACCGGCUCACUUGCCCGACAGCACUACAGACAGCUGGUCUAGCUACUACGGAACGAGGCAAGAUGGUGUUUGCAAACCUUUCAGCAAGGCUGCUUCACUCAAACAGCGCUGCAGGGAUUACGAUGAAAAAGGAUUUUGUGUCCGUGGUGACCAUUGUCUCUAUGAUCAUGGCAGUGAUCCCCUCAUAGUCGACGAUGUCAAUCUACCAAAUAUUAUUCCGUUCCCACCCCCACCUAUUCUGCCACCCGCCGGGCUGCCCAUGCCCCCCAUCACUGAACCACCUCCCUCCCUCAGGAUGCCUUCUAUGCCACCCUAUGGCCAGCCACCACCACCAGGUGUUUUCCCUAUGACAGGACCCCCACUGAUAGCAACCAGUGGGAUUGAUACCCCCAACCACCAAUCUGCAAUCACUUCUUCUCCUCCCGUCGGACCGCCUGGUGUGGGCCUACCUCCUACACUUCCUCCUCCUCCUCCACCUCCUUCCUCGACCUCAUCUGUGUCUCUGCGUCCCCAAUAUGUCCAGUCUGAAUACAACUACGAUGCAGAAGGCUACAACCCAGAAUCUCCAGGCCUGACUGUAGCAGGACGUAACCCAUAUCGUCAGUUUAUUCCCCGGGUGCAGACUCAACGCUCCAACCUCAUUGGCCUCACCUCCAGUGAAGGUCAAGGCUCCAGAGCUGCCAACAUAGUGAUCCAGACAGAGCCAGCUACUGCACCCAGCACUCCUGGAAGUAACGUGUCCCGUUUCAACACAGAGCAGGACAGCAGGAAGAGGACCAUGGGACCCAGUACAGCUGAAGGGCCAGCACCUAAAAAACCCUGGAUGGAAAAACCGAGCUUCAACAACCAGCAUAAGGGUGCUUUUCCCAAGAGGACUUUUUACGUGAACACAAAGUUGGAGGUGCGUAGGAUCCCGCGCGAGCUCAACAACAUCACCAAACUCAACGAGCACUUCAGCAAGUUUGGAACCAUCGUCAAUAUACAGGUUGUGUUUGGCGGAGACCCAGAGGCAGCAUUGAUCCAGUACACAAAGAAUGAAGAAGCCAGACGAGCCAUAUCCAGCACAGAAGCGGUCCUUAACAACCGCUUUAUCCGCGUGUACUGGCACCGCGAGCUUGGUGCUAAUGCCACAGGCCUUCAGCAGCAGGAGCAGAGCUCAGGGAGCCAGGUGGCCGGGUCAGUGCCCAACCAGGGGCUGCAGCACAGCAACAUGCAUAAAGGGAUCAAGCAGCACAAUCCAGCUGCUUAUGUGUUGAACAAGACUGUACCCAAGCAUCAUCUGUCUGCAACAGCUGGGGCCACGACAAAUGCCAAGUCGGACAACCUGAAUCCAAACACGGACACGGCUGCUGUGGUGCCUGCUCCUACAAACACCCUGAAGGGCCACUACACUUCCACAGCCGCCAAGUCUUCCUCAAAGAGCCUUGGGAAAACGGGAAAAGCACUGGAAGCACAUGAAGCUCUCAAGAAAAAGCAGGAGGCACUAAAACUCCAGCAAGACAUGAGAAAGAAGAAACAGGAGAUGUUAGAGAAACAGAUUGAGUGUCAGAAAGCGCUGAUAAGUCGGCUGGAGAAAAACCGAGGCAUGAAACCUGAAGAGAGGGCCAACAUCAUGAAAACGCUGAAAGAACUAACGGAAAAGAUCACCCAGCUCCAGAAUGAAAUGAACCCUGCCUCCCAGGUCUCAAGCGCCAAAACUAACCACAACCAGCCCAAAACCAAGACUGAUGCCCAGAAGGAGCUGCUAGAUGCUGAGCUGGACUUUCACAAGAAGAUGAGCUCUGGAGAGGAUACAACAGACCUCAAAAGAAAACUGGGGCAGCUACAGGUGGAGGCAACACGUUUGGGUUUGAUCCGGCCUCCAGCAGGACGAGGUCGCGGCCGAGGAAAGCUGGGCCCAGAUCCUGGUGCGAUGCACGUGGGCCGUGGCCGGAGUCGAAACCGGGAAAUGAUGGCGCGCGGUGGGGCUGUGAACCGCAUGGUGGUUGAUCACAGACCCAGAGCCCUGGCUAUUUUAGGGGUCACUCAGGAGGAAAAAGAAGAGCUAAUGCCGCACUUUGUGAAAUUUGGUGAAAUCGAGGAUCUCCGUGACCAAGACGCCAACAGUGUCGUCAUGACCUUUAAGACACGGAGUGAAGCAGAGAAUGCAGCAAACCAGGGAGCUAAGUUCAAAGGUCGUGUUCUGCAGAUUUCCUGGUACAAGCCCAAGACACCCUCUGUUACAACGGAGCCAGAGGAAGAAGAGGCUAAAGAUGAUGACAGUGCGAAGGAAGCCAGCUCUUAUUUACCUGGUGAGGAAGAGGAAGAAGAGGAGGAGGAAGAGGAUGACGAUGAAGACGAUGAGUACGAGAGUCGAUCUUGGAGGCGAUAAUGACAUUCGUCAUUAUCAUUAACUGCUCUCCGGCAGAAUCAGUGGUCCCCCACUCCCACUCCCACGCAGAUUAAAAUUGAUGUAAAGGAACUCACUUUUUUUCCCCCCUUUCCAGUAUUUUCAAAGUAAUUUUAGACUCUAAUCAAAGUAAAAGAAAAAAACGUCUUUACUUUAUUGUACAUGAAAAGAAGUGUAGAUGGUCAACAGUUUUUUGUAUCCCUCAACUAAACAGUUGUUUAAAACAUCUCACUUUUGCUGAGAAAGAUACAUGUUUAGUUGUUCUUAUAGCUAGAAAAACUUAUGUAAGUUUCUGUGUGCUUACCAGAUGGACAAUAUCAGUAAUGCACAACAUUUGUGUCGACUGUGAAUAGGUAUUUUUAUACAUACUGUAUUUAAGCUCUUUUUCUCACCAGUUUUUGUAGAAUCUUGUCCUCCGUUCAGGGACAGCCAUUCCAUCACCAACAGAACGUUCUCUGCCGCUACCACAGAGAAAUUUAUUUAUUCUUUUUCCACACUGCAUAAAUGCACUGUGCCGUACCGAUAUUGGCAAAGUAUGGUACAGUUUUCACUUUGCUCAUAGUUUUGAUGUGGUAAAGCCCAACGUGUUAAAGGAUUGUGUCUUUCUUUUUUCCUAAAUGUGUGCUGGUAUGAAUAUUUGCCAGUGCACAUGCAUGUUGGUGUUCCUAAUAAACAGACAGACCCAUAGAGAUGCUGUACCGUGGCCAUACAGCCAGUGCAGGUACAGUAGGAUACCAGUGCAAUAAAAAAAAAAAAA